AUGAAUCGAUCAAGACACAUGGGCAAGAUCCGGAGGAGGCUGGAGGACGUCAAAAACUGGUCCUUCCGGCUGGCGAAACUGGAUUUCAGUCACAACGAAAGUGUCCGGCUGGCCACGGACGCCCUCUUAGAUGGCGGUCUCCAGUCUUAUCUCAAGGCCUUGGACGAAGAAGGAGAAGUGGACUUCUUGUCCACAGUGGAAGCUCAGUACAUCAAGAGGAACGCGAGGGAGCCUUACUACGCCAGCGACACGCACCCAGAUGGCGAAGCCGGGCCGAGGCAGAAUAAUGACACCAGGUCCCUCCAGUCAGGGACGUACUUCCCUCUGGUCUCAGAGAGCAGCGAACCGGCUCUUCUCCACACGUGGAGUGCGUCUGAGAAGCCCUACCUGAAGGAGAAGUCCAGCGCCACGGUGUAUUUCCAGACGGAUAAGAACAGCAAUAUCCGGGACCUCAUCCGCCGCUGCAUCAACAAGACCAGUCAGGUAUGGCGGAUGGGAUUUGGGUGGGCAAAUGGGCAAGCUUCAAUAUGCAGGCAGGCUAGGCCUGGAGAGGCAAGGCUCAAGGGCUGUGGUAGGUCAGGCAAGGAGACCCGGGUUCAAAGGUGCACUCAAGCUGUGAAGCUCACUAGGUGGCCUUGGGCCAGCCACAAACUCUAAGCCCAAGCUGGUUGUUGGGAAGAUGAUAUGGAGAAAGGGAGAGCCAUGUACGCAAUCUCAGAGGAAAGGUGGGGUAGGAAUGCAAUAAUAAAACAUUAAAUGAGCCAAACGAAAUAAUAAUAAAUAAGCCAGAAGCUGUGUCAGAGUCCAGAGCUAUUGUAUGGUUUCUGAUGUGGUGAGAAGGAUGGUAGAUACUUCAGUCAGUAGAGCACAAGACUCUUAAUCUCAGGCCUGUGGGUUUGAGCCCCAUGCUGGGUGAAAGAAUCCUGCAUUGCAGGGGGUUGGACUAGAUGACCCUCAGGGUCCCUUCCAACUCUACAAUUUUUAUAAGCACAACAUGUCAGCAGCACAGUGGACAUUGUACCCUCUGCAAUGCCGCAGGUCAUUUGGGAUAUUAACUUAUGGUCUCUGUGUGUGGUUUGGGAGCUGCAUGGUCAGGGAAAAUACAAUGCUGUCCAGGGUUGUAAAGACUGCGGAGAGAAUAAUUGGGUGCACUCUUCCCACCUUGGAUCAAAUCUAGGCUUCCAGGUCUCAUAAGAAAGCUGCAGAGAUAGUGCGCACCCUGGAAAUGAUCUCUUUCAGCUUCUGCCUUUUGGAAGAAGGUACAGUGUUAUAAAGACUAGGACUAGCCACCUGAGAAACAGUUUCUAUCCAAAUGCGAUUUUGGUUUUAAACGCAGUGUAAGGUAGUCUCUAUGGCAUAGCUGUCAACUUUUCCCUUUUCUUGCGAGGAAUCCUAUUUGGAAUAAGGGAAUUUCCCUUAAAAAAAGGGAAACGUUGACAGCUAUGCUCUAUGGGAGUACAGUGGUACCUCAGGUUAAGUACUUAAUUCAUUCCGGAGGUCCAUACUUAACCUGAAACUGUUCUUAACCUGAAGCACCACUUUAGCUAAUGGGGCCUUCUGCUGCUGCUGCGCCGCCGGAGCACGAUUUCUGUUCUCAUCCUGAAGCAAAGUGCUUAACCUGAAGCACUAUUUCUGGGUUAACAGAGUCUGUAACCUGAAGCGUAUGUAACCCGAAGCAUAUGUAACCCGAGGUACCACUGUAUAUUGUAUUUAAUUAUGGGGUGUCAGAGUUUUUAGGGGGUUAACUAGGCUGGGAUAGCUGGGAUAGCCGGCGUGUUGGUUUUUGAAUGUCUGAUGUAGAUUUUUCAAUUUCGUUGUUCUCUAUGGGACAGUGACAAUAAAGAUUAUCGUAUUGUAUAUAGGAAGAACCUUAAAAUGAAUCGUUGUCUUCUCUGAUGGGCAGCAGCUCUCCAGGGUUUAAGGGAGGGGAAGGUCCCAGCUGCACCUAGAGAUGUUGGGGAUUGAAUUUGGGACCUUCAGCUGCAAGGCAGAUGUUCUACCUCUGAACUAUGGUGUGCUCCGUUUGCAUGGAAGCAGCGAAGUCCCCAUCCUUCCUUGCUUAAUAUGUGGCUGGAGGGGACGGACGACGAUAAUCUUUGAGAAAACCUUGCUUUCAGAUCUAUGGUCAUCUCCUCUUACAUUUUAACCUGAAUGAAUACAGAGCUUCCUUUUGGCAGGGAAGGACCUGGUAUUUGCCUUUUCAGGAGCUAGCUAGAAAGGCGGUGGGGAGAGCAUUCUCUACAGCAUUUUGCAAGGAUUCCCGGGAGAAGGUUGUUUGCAAAGAAUACGCAUGAUACCUUUGAAGCAUACUUUGCAGGGCUGCUGGGAGGAUGGCUAAGUUAAAGCUUGCUUUGAACGCUCAGCAAGUUCUGAAUAAAUACAGUGGUACCUUGGUUCUCAAAUGCCUUGGUACUCAGACAACUUGGAACCCAAACACUGCAAACCCAGAAAUAAGUGUUCUGGUUUGCGAACUUUUUCCGAAAGCCAAGCAUGCUCUGUUUUGAGUGUUAUGCUUCUGAUCUGAGUACAGUGGUACCUUGGGUUAAGUAUUUAAUUCGUUCUGGAGGUCCGUAUUUAAUCUGAAACUGUUCUUAACAUGAAGCACCACUUUAGCUAAUGGGGCCUCCUGCUGCAGCCGCGCGAUUUCUGUUCUCAUCCUGAAGCAAAGUUCUUAACCUGAAGCACUAUUCUGGGUUAGCGGAGUAUGUAACCUGAAGCGUAUGUAACCCGAGGUACCACUGUACCACACUUCCAUUUUGAGUGUUGCCCUGAGAUCUGUCUGUUUUUGCUUAUUUAUUUAAUUUACGUUUCUGUUUUUGCGGCUCUUUUUUGUGUGAAUGUGCAGAACCCGGUUCAGCUACUGAUUGCUUGCUUGUGUGACAGCAGUACAUUGCUCAUUGCUUUCAUUUUCUGUAUCAAUGGUCUUGUUAGAUAGUAAAAUUCAUUUUGCAUUACUUUCUAUGGGAAAGCACGCCUUGGCUUUGGAAACGCUUUGGUUUUGGAACGGACUUCCGGAACGGAUUAAGUUUGAGAACCAAAGUACCACUGUACUGCCACCGGUCUGCUUGGCAGGUACGAUGUCCCCAGGUCUUCAUAGUGUAUUUCGGCUUGGCCUUCAUCUGCCUCCCUCCCUUCCUCCUUCUGGACCCCAUCCCAGGUACUGGCUAUCCUGAUGGAUGUGUUCACUGACGCCGAGAUAUUCUGCGACGUCUUGGAAGCCGCAAACAAGCGGAGGGUGUUUGUCUACCUGCUGCUCGACCACAGCAACCUAAAGCUCUUCACCGAAAUGUGCGACAAGCUCCAUGUGGCUGAGGGUCACUUCAAGGUACUAUUGCAGUCUCUUGCCCAUCCUCCUCCCCAAGCCCCAACCAGCUUGAAUCAAAACACAGCAAUAGAAAUGUUGUUUUGGUGCAUGUGUGUUGUCUUGGCUUAGCUUGUUUUAAGUAAAGGAGUUGGGGGAAACCUCGUGCUUGUUAUUUUCUGACGGCCACCAGCUUAGAUGUCUUUAAAAGAAGAAGAGUUUGGAUUUGAUAUCCCGCUUUAUCACUACCCAAAGGAGUCUCAAAGCGCCUAACAUUCUCCUUUCCCUUCCUCCCUCACAACAAACACUCUGUGAGGUGAGUGGGGCUGAGAGACUUCAGAGAAGUGUGACUGGCCCAAGGUCACCCAGCAGCUGCAUGUGGAGGAGUGGGGAAGCGAACCCGGUUCACCAGAUUACGAGUCUACAGCUCCUAACCACUACACCACACUGGCUCUCAGUGGACUUUUCCCCUCUAAUUAAUGGAUAAUCGGUGCAGGUCCACACCAUGCUUUUAAAAGCACUUCGAACACAUGUUUAAAGCCAAAUAAUCCUGGGAACCACAGUUUCCCCCUCACCGAACUGCAAUUCCCAGCACCCUUAGCAAACUGCAGUUCCCAGGUUUCUCUGGGGGUUGCCAUGUGCUGGCAAACAUUUCUGACAGUAAGAGCUGUUUGACAGUCGAACGUACUCCCUCAGUAGGUUGUGGACUUCAUUGGAGGUUUUUUGACGGAGUUUGGAUGUCUACCUGUCGGGGAUGCUUUGGUUGAGAUUCCUGCAUUGCAGGGGGUUGGACUAGAUGAUCCUUGAGGUCCCUUCCAAUUCUACAAUUCUAUGUGCUUUAAAAGUGACGCGGGUGGUGCUGUGGGUUAAACCACAGAGCCUAGGGUUUGCCAAUCAGACGGUCGACGGUUCGAAUCCCCGUGACGGGGUGAGCUCCCGUUUCUCGGUCCCUGCUCCUGCCAACCUAGCAGUUCAAAAGCACGUCAAAAUGCAAGUAGAUAAAUAGGUACCACUCCAGAGGGAAGGUAAACGGCAUUUCCAUGUGCUGCUCUGGUUCACCAGAAGCGGCUUAGUCAUGCUGGCCACAUGACCCGGAAGCUAUACGCCGGCUCCCUCGGCCAAUAAAGCGAGAUGAGCGCUGCAACCCCAGAGUCGUCCGCAACUGGACCUAAUGGUCAGGGGUCCCUUUACCUUUACCUUAGCUUAUAUUACAAACCCAUCAUAUGUGUGCCGAAAGCCUGGGAUAACCUGGCGUUUUGCUGCAGAUCCCACUUGAAGGAUAAAGCGUCAGGAGCUGGAAUUUCACCUUCAUACACCUGAAGGAACCUCAGAUUUGUCGGGGAGAUGGACGGUAGUGAGGUAGCAGAGGCAACUUGGAAAGCAACUUGGAAAAUAUCUGAGGGGCUCCACGUACUUUCAUAAUCCUCUGGCUGGAAUGGGGCAGGUUUCUAGGGGAACUCAGUGCAUCAGAAUGCAAGUGGUAUUAUUUACAAGUAUCUAUACAAGAGCACAAAUAAAUAAUGGAAAACAAUUAAUAACAGCUUCCAGAGAAACAGGCACACUAGUCCUUUCGUAGCAAAACCAACCCAGAAUCUUGUGGCACCUUAACAAUUUUUUUAAAAAAAUGCAUAAGUUUUUGUGGACUUUAGUCUGAUUCGUGAGAUGCACAGUAACCAUCAAUAUUUAUAUGUCAACAUUUUCCUCCAAGGAGCUGGUGGCUUUGCGUCAUUUUAACCACGCAACAACCCUGUGUGGUAGAUCAGGCCAAGAGAUUGUUACUAACUUGUAGCAUUUUUUAUAACUUCCCAGAAUAUUUCCGUGAGGAGCGUCACAGGGGAGGUUUACUGCGCCAAAUCGGGCCGAAAAUUCUCUGGGCAAAUCCAAGAAAAAUUCAUCAUCUCAGACUGGAGAUACGUUCUGUCUGGAUCGUACAGGUAAGCUCAACUGCUACACCCAUUCACCCCAUUGCAAGAGGGUUGUUCUCACAGCUGUCUUCUGCGCUGAAGCUUGUAAGAAAGAAUAACUUGACAGUUCAUUUGCGCCGCUUGGCUGGUGAGAGGAACAAUUUAAGCAGAUGAGCAGCAGCAACUGCUGCCAGGUUACUACACCUCCCUUGCUGCUAUAUACAUUUUUUUUUAAAAAAUCUUCUAUGUGACUAUAUCUGAAGCAAAAAUAUCUCUAAUAAACAUUAACUUACUAGGCUGCCAAAUGCACAGGUUGGCCCGAGUGCUUCUGCGUAUUUGGGUUGCCAACUUACUAAAAUAAUGUUUGAAGUUACAAGAUGCAUUUUAAUCAUGACGGGGACAACAGUUUUGAGUCCACUUCAUGGGCAACCUUUCAGGAGAGCCCCCCCCCCCAAAAGCAUAUGCUGUAUCAAACAAGUAGCCCCAUCAUAUUCCUAAAUGCAUACUUGAAGCAACAGCACAGUUUAACAUCAUGUGUUGUUGUUUAGUCAUUUAGUCGUGUCCGACUCUUCGUGACCCCAUGGUCCAGAGCAUGCCAGGCACUCCUGUCUCCCACUGCCUCCCGCAGUUUGGUCAAGCUCAUGCUGGUAGCUUUGAGAACACUGUCCAACCAUCUCAUCCUCUGUCGUCCCCUUCUCCUUGUGCACUCCAUCUUUCCCAACAUCAGGGUCUUUUCUAGGGAGCCUUCUCUUCUCAUGAGGUGGCCAAAGUAUUGGAGCCUCAGCUUCAGGAUCUGUCCUUCCAGUGAGCACUCAGGGCUGAUUUCCUUCAGAAUGGAGAGGUUUGAUCUUCUUGCAGUCCAUGGGACUCUCAAGAGUCUCCUCCAGCACCAUAAUUCAAAAGCAUCAAUUCUUCGGCGAUCAGCCUUCUUUAUGGUCCAGCUCUCACUUCCAUACAUCACUACUGGGAAAACCAUAGCUUUAGCUAUACGGACCUUUGUCGGCAAGAGGAUGCCUCUGCUUUUUAAGAUGCUGUUUAACAUCAUACAGUAUUAAAUUUGAACAGUUAACCCGGUGUUCCGACAGCCUUCAUACAGGUGUCAUUGUUUGUGCCUGAACUUUUGCAAUCACUGCUCUUUUUGGGUAAAAUAAUAAUGCAGUGCCAGUACUCAUGAGAGAGGUACUGGUACUUUGUACCAGUGAGCACUGAUAAUAAUAAUAAUAAUAAUAAUAAUAAUAAUAAUAAUAAUAAUAACAACAAUCCCUGCUUGCAAUCAUAGGGGAUUGAGGAAUGUGAUUUAGAGGUGUACUCUCUAAAACAAAGUCCCGCCUUAUGCUGGUUCUUCUUUUCCCCAUAAACCAACUUUAAACCAAACUAUGCUAGCUUUGGGCUAGAAGAGAUCUUCACACCCAAUUAAUUUUCUUACAAACACCCACAAAUGCAUCUGCCUCGUCAUGACAUUGAUAUGCGGCAUUAAGCAAUAUCUGGCACACCUGCCUGUGUUUUAGCUAUGCAAAGCUAAAUUAUGCAGAAACCUAAAAUCUCCCCUCAAGCCCCCAAACGAUGCAUGUUGAAAAACAGCUGGUGACAGUAAGAAAACAAGCUGAAAUCGGGAUUUUCCUCCUUUGGUUAAGAAUGGGCAGAGCCGGUUAGGGGAUGGGAAGCAGGCAGGGAAAAACCCCUCAAGCUCUUGGGGAUAUUCCAGAUCCCUUACAAUUCUAGCCAGUUUUACUUGCAGAGGGGUAAAGAAAGCAACAUUUAUAAACCCAUGCAAGCCAUUUUUCCACCCAGUUGCUCAGCAAGAAGAAAACCUGGACACUUGGAACUUCUUUAGUCUAGUCAAAACACUUUUUCUUAUAUAGCUCAACUGGUAGAGCAUGAGAAUCUUGAUCUCAGGGCCGUGGGUUUGAGCCCCGCCUUGGGCAAAAGAUUCCUGCAUUUCAGGGGGUUGGACUAGAUGAACCUCGUGGUCCCUCCCAAAUCUACGAGUCUAUGACUGGACCGCUUUCCUACAGGCAUCUGGUUGGCCACGGUGAAAGUAGAAUGCUGAACUAGAUGGGCUUACGUUCUUAAGUCCACAUCAGUCCCUUGAGUUAUGUGUAGAAGAGGCUAUGUGUUGGUGCGGACCUUUAAAGUGUUGGUAAGGUAAAGGGACCCCUGACCAUUAGGUCCAGUCAUGACCGAUUCUGGGGUUGCGCCGCUCAUCUCGCUUUAUUGGCCGAGGGAGCCGGCGUACAGCGUUUGUGUCAUGUGGCCAGCAUGACUAAGUUGCUUCUGGCGAACCAGAGCAGCGCACGGAAAUGCCGUUUAUCUUCCCGCCAGAGCAGUACCUGUUUAUCUACUUGCACUUUGACGUGCUUUCGAACUGCUAGGUUGGCAGGAGCAGAGACUGAGCAACAGGAGCUCACCCCGUCGUAGGGAUUCGAACCGCCGACUUUCUGAUUGGCAAGCCCUAGUCUCUGUGGUUUAACCCACAGUGCCACCCGCGUCCCUAAAGUGUUGGUAUUGACCUGUAAAACCCUAAAUGACAACGGCCCAGUAUACCUGAAGGAGCUUCUCCACCUCCAUCAUUGUGCCUAGACACCGAGGUCCAGCUCCGAGGGCCUUCUGGCUGUUCCCUCACUGCGAGAAGUGAGGUUACAGGGAACCUGACAGAGGGCCUUAUCGGUAGUGGCGCCGGUCCUGUGGAACGCCCUUCCAUCAAAUGUCAAGGAAUAAACAACUACAGUGGUACCUCUGGCUGCGAAUGGGACCCGUUCUGGAGGCCCGUUCACAAUAUGAAAAGAACGCAACCCGUAGCGGCACAUCUGCACAUGCGCGGGUUGCCAUUCACCACUUUUUGCGCUUCUGUGCAUGUACGAGUGGCAAAACCUGGAAGUAACCCUUUCUGGUACUUCCGGGACGCCGCGGGACGUAACCUGAAAGAAUGUAACAUGAAACGGACGUAACAAGAGGUAUGACUGUAUCUGACUUUUAGAAGACAUCUGAAGGCAGCCCUGUUUAGGGAAGUUUUUAAUGUUUGAUGUUUUAUCAUGUUUUUAAUAUUCUGUUGGGAGCUGCCCAGAGUGACUGGGGAAACCCAGCCAGAUGAGCGGGGUAUAAAUAAUAAUAAUUAUUAUUACUAUGCCUUUCCAAGUUGUUAACCUGGAUAUUUUCCCCAUCUUUUCCCCACUUUGCACCCAACCACCCACCUCCUCUUGCCUCCCAGCUUCACGUGGUUGUGCGGCCAAGUCCACCGCAACUUCCUCUCCAAGUUCACGGGCCAAGUGGUGGAGCUGUUCGACGAGGAGUUCCGGCACCUCUAUGCCUUAUCCAAGCCUGUGGCUGGGUUGAGACCUCCGUCGCACACGUCCCUCUUCCUGCUCAACAAGAGCACGGCAGCCACCCAAGGCAGCCUCACCAACAGCAGCAACCAGGGCAGCCUCCGCACCCCGUCUGACCCCUUCAGCUGCCCGUCGAACCACAGCGGCUCGCGAAGCAGGCAACCUCCCAAGGCUCCUGUCCGCAGCAGCCACCCGGCGUCACCGUCGCCUCUCAGCAGGGUCCAUUCUUUCCACGGUUACACCACCUACAUGAACCCGCAGCCAAACGGCAUCCAGGUCAACUACUACCACCGGCAAUACAUCAGCGACUCGCCGGCGGUCCUUUACAACAAAGUCAACAUCUACAGGCCUAUGAGGAUGAGGCAAGAGGAUGUCAAAAGGGCACAGAUGAACCCAGUCUGGAGGUGCCUUCACAAUGCCAAGCUGAUUGGAUGA